AUGUUGGACAAAGCAUUUUUUGGGCGGGUGAAAAAGUUCAAGUUCAAAGGAUCUCUUAAGAGGGCUGCCAAAAUGGGCCAACUGCUGGUCCGAGAUGGACGACAGAGUCUCGCUCGCGACGUUAAUGGCUUGGCAUCUGAUCUUGGCCAUGUGUCGUCUGAGAAUAUGAGGGAGAUAUCUAAGCUUGCGGCGAAGGAGAAGGAAAUGCUGGUUGGAAGGAGCGCUACUGCCACUGCUGUGGAGGUCGCAGUGAAGAGUCAGUUGAACGGCUUGAAAAGCGCACAAACCGAGCUGAAUCGCGCAGCACAAGCAGCUGAUCGAGUACUUACGGACGGGUUGGGAAAGGAGGUCAAUGAUGUGAUGAGGGAGACGAAGAGAUUCCAGGCGACCACUGGAGGUGUUCAAAAGGAUGCUGAUGUCGAGACUGCGCAUAUUAGAGAAGAUGCUCAGAAAGCGAUGCGGUCAGCUGAGGAGCUAGAUGGUCAAAAAUUAGAGCGCGGCAAGCAGAUGGCGAAGGCGGCGAGCUCGCUGCAGGAUGGUGGUAAGAAGGACUUGUUGGACGAGGUUGGGCGGAAAGCUAACGCUGCAGAACAAAGUAUUGCAUCUAUGGGGGCUCGGGUGGGUGCUGCUACGAAUCGGAUUAAGGGAAGUGUUUCCACGAUGCCUUUGAUCGAUGACUCGAAAGAAAAGAUAGAGAUCGAACUGAAGCAGGAUGAGGCCCGGGUGAAUGACGAAAUAACAGGAGCUGUGAAGAAAGGUGUCGAUUUUGUACGCAAUCGACAAGCCAGGGAAAGGGUGGAGCGAGCUAAAAAUAUGAGCAGGCUUGAGGCUGCGAUCAGCGGCGGGUCGAAUAGAUUUGCUGAGGAUAAGGCUUUCUUGAGUCAUUUGGACGAGGCGCACAUGAAUGCGCGGCAUGGUCUCGAUGAUCGAGUCGCUGGUAGCCGCAGAAUUGUUCGACGAAUCGAAAGUGCCAUCGGACCUAAUAUGCUUGCCUUGGGUUCAUCACAAGAUAAGGCAAGAGUGGAUGCUCGUAGGGAAGUGGAUGAAGACCUCCAACGACAGAGUGGGGAUGGGGAGCGAAAAAUAAAGGGCGAUGCCAAGAGUAGCAUCGAUGAGCUGAAGGCAUCUACGGGAGGCCUCAUGAACGAGAUGCAUGAGCAGAGAACGGAAGGGUUGGUUUUGGAUAAGGAAGUCUCUCAGAUUCUUGAGGAUACCGAUCGGACAAAGGUUGAAGGGUUCAAGCACGCAACUGAGUUGAAAUCACACCUCCGCAAUCUGCUGAGUCGAAGAGACGUUAAUGAGAGAGCGAUGAUAUUUGGACUUCGAGCGAGCCGGAGGAGGCUCACCGAGUCAACGAGAAGGAGCGCAGCAGCUCAAGUAUCCGACGCGGUGGCAGAGGUGUCACGGUCUUUGGGCACUCUCAUAACCGAGGCUGAAAAUAGGGUUGGCGAGAUAACUGAUGAGAAUAAUUCGGAGGAGGAGCGUCGGAAAGGCAUUGAGGGCUCUGUUGCUGCUUCCCAUAAAAUGCUGGUAUCAAUGGACAGCUCUGUGAAACGUACAGUAGCGCAAGCUCGAACUGACCUCAAGGCUCUUAACGACUCGGUGCGAUUCAAGGCUGAUGAUGAGCUUAUUAGGUCUCAGCAUAGGGAUGCCUUCGAAGGGAUGACAGAAAGCCAAAACCGGCUCGAGAAGGAUAUUGCGGAAACCAACGGCAGGGUUGAUGAGCAGCAUAGAGCAUUGAAGAGGCUGGCUGAUCUUCUCAAAGCUGCGAUGAUGACGAUGGUGAGGCAUGUCAGUGGCAUCGUGGAAAAGGCCUCUGAGGAUGAUCAUUCGAGACUUUCUGAAAAGGUUGCUGCCCCCAAGAAUACAUCGGCUGAGUUGCAUCAUUCAGAAGACUCUGUGGUCGCCAGUUUAAAGCAGUCACAGGAGGAACGGAACGACAGCUACGGUCGACUGCGGAAGGCUCUGGAGGAAGUCCAGCUCGGUUACAACAAUACCAAGAAGUGGAAUGAAAGAGCGCUGGCGGAUCAGCGACACAGAGUGGAGAAGCUCGCUGUUGAAGGGAGUCUGGAGGCCGAACGACUAUCUGCCCAGCUCAAAGGAAGGAAGGAUACUGUCGAGUCGAUAAAUGCCUCGGAAGAGGGAAAAACCGACGUUUCGGCAGAGACUAUGGGAAAAGAAACCGCGAGUAGCGCGGCGAAGAUUGAUGGUGAAAUCGAGAAGUUAAUGACAAGAUUGACGGCUCAUGUUUCGGAGCUCGGAGGCCUAUUGAAGAGUGCUGCGGCGGCGAUCUCGACGUCCAAUGAACAGGCCUCGUCCUUGAAUGCGGGAGUAAAUAGAGAAGUGGAAGAAGCGAUGUUAACUUUGAAUUCGACAUGGACCCAGAUGCUUGAGAGUGCGCGACGCAACAGAAGAGACAUGAAUCAUCUUAUUGACGGCAUCCGGGACACUCUCUUUGCUUUUGAUUUCCCAAUCAGCGGAAGCCUCAACGAGGAGACUACUGCUACUAUAGAAGAGCUCAACAGAUUCAUACACGCUAAUCUUAGUGCCGCCCUAGACAACACUGGACUGGAUAAUUCUCUCUUCGAUGAAGCAGUGGAGGAAGUCGAACGGGAGAGCAGGAAACAAGAAGCAAACUUUAGACCGGUACAAGACCAGAUGAAAGGAAGUAUCGUCGAGUUCGAUCAGCAGCUGGACAUCGCAGCUCGAAGCCUCUCUACCACUCGUCAGCAACUUCUCGAUGAGAUUGAUAGCACUGAGGGGGAACUCACGGCUGUACAAGCUUCUCUGAACCACGAGCUCGAACGGUGA